UUAAAUGUUUUAAUACAUUAUUUUAAAAUUUCUGCCAAUUUUUUUAUUUACCAAAAUGUUGACACCCAUUGAAAUCAUCAAGGAGCCACGUAUAAUGAUGAAUGGCUAUAAUCUCAUCACUCUGGGAGGCUGAGGCAGGAGGGUCACGAGGUGGAGCCCAGCCUGGGCAAUUUAGCAACCUAGUGAGACCCUGUCUCAAAAUAAAAAAUAAAAUGGGCAGUGUGAAGGCCCCGCGUUCAAUCCCUUUUAAAACAAAAAAGACCAAGGAUGCAAACGUGAGAAAGCCCGAUUUGGUGGAAAGGGGGCCAAGCUGCACAGCCGGAGGUCUGGAUGCCCCGCGGCCUCUGCCCCUGGCUUCCUGGAGCGGUUUAGGAAACAACCCCGCCUUGCCCGCUGUACAGCGGCCGGCCGGUCCUCGUCCUGGCUUCUCACAGGGCUGCGCCAAGGGCAAAGAGAAGGUGACCGCGCGCUUUGUCACCCCAGGACCGGGGCGAAGGUGCGAAGCGGGCUCUCCGGAGACCUUCGCCCGGGCUGCCCCUUCCUGUACGGCACCGACUGCGGAACAGCCGGUUCCCCAGCUCGCGUUUGUAAAUCCGGCCCCGCGCUGCGGCCUGGGCCUGAGACCCCGCCCCGGGACCGGGUCACCCCGAUUGUUUACUAACAGCAGUCGCCCGGCAACCCGAGAGGCCGGCCUCGAACCCUGCCCGCUUAGGGAACUCACCUGCCAGGAAUUCUCCUUCCUCUGCCUGCCCGGGCAGGUUCUUCCCAUUUUAGUGCAACCCUCGGAACUUCCCGACCCGGAGAGUGGGCCGAGGUCUCCCGGCCGAGAGUCAGCGCCCUCUCGGGCUCCGCCCGGCCCGUUCCGCAGCCCCGGAGGCCUGGUCCAGGCUGGGGCGGGGCAGGGAGAGGGGCGGGAGGGGCCUGCUUCCACCCAGCCGCCGCCCCUGGAGUCACCCACCAAGACAGACCCAGUUGGGUCCAAGCUCCUCCUCCAAGAAAUCUACGCCUGUGCAGGAUGAACCAGCCCCGGCUCAUCCCAUCAUCCAAUCAACACCACAAGCCACACGAACUUCGUGCGCGCGUGUUACGAGGACUGAACUCAGGGCCUCCGAACUGAGCUGCAUCCUCACUCCUUUCUUUAUUUUUUAUCAGGGAUCGAACUUGAGACCUUGCGCUUUCGAGACAGGCACAGAACCACUGAGCUAAAUCCCUAGCUCGACUUCUUUUCUUUUAAAAUAUCUCAGGUAUUUCAUUGUGGUAAUAAAAAGUGAACUGAUAUAGCUGCCAAAAUUUAAAGAGUAGAAAUUCGUAAAACAGUGUAGACAAAGGAAUAACUGGAGUUAUUUCUGUCUGCUUGAACUUUUAAUUUGUGUUUGAUAGUGGAAAAGAGCAAAUUACAGGCGAGAUUUCUGUUUUGUUUGGAAAAGGCUAAUGUAACCAUUUCAACUGGGCCUGGUGGUGAGUGCCUAUAAUCCCAGCACUCAGAGGCUGAGGCAGGAGGAUCACUGCAAAUUCAAGGCCAGUCGGAAUUUCACGAGGAGACCUUGUCUCCAGAAAAAACAUUCCUGUUCACGAUCAGCGUUGACAGUCAUUUUGUCUAAUAGAUGACAGUGCUGAAAAUAACUCGUGUCAACCAGGGGUGGUGACGGCGCCUUAGAUCUGCGGGUGACCCUGGCGGAGCGCCUGCCUGAUCUGCCUGCUGUGAAGACACUGGCGGUUCUUAAAAUUUUAAAAAGACGGGCGGUGCGAGGCGCCCCCAGACGCAGCUGCCGUGAGAGAGAGCCGGCCCAGCCCAGCCCGCGUCCGCCCUCCUGUGCUGGACGCGCAAGACUUAUAGGAGGAGGAAGUGGGAGUUUCACGUUUACUUUCUUUAAAAAAAGGAACGCUCUGGUGUUUCAUGUUUAGCAAGCACUUACUCCGACUUAAAAGAAUCUUCAUCAACUUCCAUCCCCCAAAUUACUGGAUAUAAAAAGUCGCAUUUGUUUUUCUUUGUGCUGCUUGCUGUCAUUUAUCAGCCACCAUUUUGCUCAUUUAGUAUUUAUUCCUACUGUACGUCCUCGUUAAUUUAACACUGUGAUGCGAUUGGACUGUAAAUAAUGAACUUAACAAUAAUCUUUUUGUGUAUCAGUUACAAAGAAAAAGUACUUAUUAAUAACUUUUGUGUAACCCUCCAAUUUACUAGUGAUAUAAUCUCUUCUUUUUUCAAAUUAUUUAUUUAUUUAAGAUGGAUUCUCACUGUGUUGCCCAGGCUGAUCUCAAACUCCUAGGCUUAUUAUAAGUGAUCCUCCUGACUCAGCCUCCUGAGUGCUGGGAUCACAGGCAUGUCCCACCAUGCCCAGCUUAGGUAACAUUCUUAAGUGCUUUAUAAUAAGAACUCAUUUGGUCCACACUAUACAAGUAGACCCUCUUUUAAAGAUGAGUCCUCACUGGUUGUGCAGGCUGGUCUCAAACUCCUGGGCUGAAGCAAUUCUCCCGCUUCAGCCUCCUGAGUGGCUGGGACUCCAGGCCCACCCCACGCCUGCCGAGCCCCUUCUGCAGACCAGGGUCCCUGUCAGCUUGGGGGUUAGAUCAGGGUUCUUCAAACGCUGAGCCCCGGGGCCAAAUCAGGCAGGCCGCCAUGCUGGUUGCUGGUCCCGGAAGCCGGGCCCAUGCCGAGCCCGCUGGUUUCCCAUGGGGAUGCAGUUACAGGACGGCUUAUGAGCCACACCAGCAAGUCCAAGUCCCGGCUUCUCCUCUGUGAUCCGAUCCGUGGUGUAACCCGCCCACACCUGUUUCCUGUCUAUUAUA